AUCUUUUCCAACGAAAACAUUUGUAAACAAACAAAAUAACAUAGACUCCUGCUGGUGAAAGAAGGGGGUUUACAUAUAUUUAUAUUUUGCCCUCAGGGCGGUUUUCCGAUUAAUCGGAAACCGCUCAAAACGUUUGAUUUUGUAUUUUUAUGUUUAAAAUUGCAGCAGGGAACAAAGUAAGAUUUCAAAUCUUAGUGAAUUGUGUUUGUGUUGAAGUCAUAGAAAUUGCAUUUUUCUAUUUGCUUUAUCAUAGUGAAAAGCAUAACUUUGAUAUAUAAGCUUUUUUGUCUUUUGCUUUUGUUAAAUUGUCCUUGUUGUCACAUUUCAUUCUGGGUAUUGGAUAAAAGGUUUGAUCAACCUGUUUCUUUCUGCUUGUCGUUUUUUGAAUCCUCUGAAGAUAAUUUCUUCACAUUUCUUUGUAUUUAAUUUUAAAGGGGGAAACUUUUUCAAAUCUGUAUGCAUUUUGAAGGACUAAGAGAUUCCUGCUUUGAGUUGGGUUUUGGAGCCCAAUUCAAUAGACACCACAAUUUUCCACAUCAAAUUUCCCAAGAGGGAAAUAGCAGAAAAAAUGGCCAGAGAUUGCCAAUGUCAAUGUGCCACUCUUCAGCCUGAUGAAUGGGUGAAGGGCAAGUUGGUUGGAUCAGGAUCUUUUGGCACUGUCCAUUUGGCCAUGAACAAGGCCACUGGAGGACUAUUUGUUGUGAAGUCCGCGCAGUCUGGGGCUGGACUUAAGGCCCUAGAGAAUGAAGCUAAAAUCCUCCAGAGUUUGAAUUCACAGUAUGUUGUCCAUUGUAUAGGGAGGGAUACGUUGAGUGGAUCAAAUGGUGGACACAAACUCAAUGUCUUCAUGGAGUACAUGGGAGGAGGUAGUUUGUCGGAUGUGGCAGAAAAAUUUGGAGGGGUGCUAGAAGAGGAGGUGAUUCGAUUGUAUACGAGAGAGAUUCUUCAUGGACUUAAGUAUCUUCAUGAGAAUGAGAUUGUGCAUUGUGAUAUAAAGUGCAAGAAUGUACUUUUAGGCUCAUCAGGGAAUGUCAAAUUGGCUGAUUUUGGUUGUGCAAAGAGAAUCAAGGAAAUCAAGGCUAAUGACUGUAUAUCAGGUUUAUGGAAUUAUAUUGGUGGGACUCCAUUGUGGAUGGCUCCUGAAGUUUUGAGAAAUGAAGGGCUGGACUUUGCUUCUGAUAUUUGGUCAUUGGGAUGCACAGUUAUUGAAAUGGCAACUGGCAGGCCUCCUUGGAGUGAAGAGAUUUCAAAUCCAAAAGCUGCAGUUUUGAAGAUUGCAUGUAGCAAUGAGAGACCUCAGUUCCCAACUCAGCUCUCAAAGGAUGGUGAGCAUUUUUUGGCCAAGUGCUUGGAGAGAGACCCCCAAAUAAGGUGGACAUCUGUGGAAUUGCUUAACCAUCCCUUUGUUUCUGGGAAUUCAAUGAGGAUGGAUACAAGAAAGGAACAUAUAUGCUCACCAGCAAGUAUCUUGGACAUUGGAAAUUAUGAUUUGGAUGUUUCGGAGAGUUCUAAUUUAGAUGAGUUCCCCAGCAAAAACCCAUUUUCAAGGUGUUGUAGUGAAAUCAACGAAACAACAAGAGGAGAGCUGGCAGAAAGUGACUUGGCUUCAUCAGAGAUUUGGGUUACUGUCAGGUCUGGUGGAAGCUUGUAAAAUAGAUACCACAUUUGGAUCAAAUGUAGAUUUAGAGACAGUGCAAAUGUAGACAGAAAAGUUUGAAAUGUACAUAAGAGAGAUAUAUUUGAAUGUACAGCUUACAAGUAGAAAGAGAGAGGUUGUCAA